CUCUGUGUUGUUUUACUGGCUAAAAUGUCUGUUACUACGCUGCGACUGAUGUUUAAGCAUUCCUCAUCAAUAUUGUCGACAUGCGUAGUGCCAUUCAUAAACCCCGCUUUUCUCAGACGACGAGCCCUCUCCACAACUUGUGUUCCCCGCCAGUCUGAGGGACACUCUGAGCUAUUUGAGUAUACGUCUGGGAGAUGGAUCUACAAUGAAGCUAGGAGACUCGCAGAACGACGGCGUGUUUUCAACGUGUCUGAACUAAAGCGCCUGGCCGCGGAGUCGAUUAAUCAAGGCGUGAAUGAUGUUGCCCGCGUUGAAAAGCUUGAGGAAGGAGGUUUCAACCGGAUUUUCUUACUCACUAUGAACGACGGUUUCCAACUUAUUGUCCGUAUCCCUUAUCCCUUUACAGAGCCGAAAUACCUCGUUGUAGCAAGUGAAGUUGCUACUUUGGACUACCUUCAUCUACAUGAUAUACCCGUGCCCAGGGUAUAUGGCUACUCAGCCACGUCAGAUAAUGCAGCAGGGACCGAAUACAUUUUUAUUGAAUAUAUCCGUGGACGGAGCUUGGGUGAUUUAUGGUUCGAUCUAUCCGAGAGUGACUGUUCCACAAUUAUCAACAAUAUUGUUGAGCUCGAGACUCGUCUAUUUGAUAUACGAUUCCCUGCCAGUGGAAGCCUUUAUUAUACAAAGGAUCUGCGCCCUGGCGUUGAUCGACCACCUGUACGGAUUGAAGAUCUGCCAAGCGAUGGCCGCUUUUGUAUCGGUCCUGAUACUGCUCUACAAUUAUGGUUUGGCAAAAGACGUGAGCUCCAAGUAGACCGUGGUCCGUAUGAGACCCCAGUGGCGGCUCUGACCGCAGGCGCCAAAAAGGAGCUUGCCUAUUUGGCAAGGUUUGGCAAACCACUGCAACCUAUCCAACCGAUAUAUCGAGAGCUGUACGAUUAUCAGAAGAGAUCACACCUGGAUCAUAUGAGGAAUUUGGAAGACUAUCUACGUGUUGCGCCUCAACUAGUGCCGAAGAAUCCUGAGUUUCUUUCAUGGCCCACCAUAAGGCAUCCAGACCUGCAGCCAAAUAACAUAUUAGUCUCUGAAGGUCUUAAGAUUACCGGCCUAAUUGAUUGGCAACAUUGCUCUAUUCUCCCGCUCUUUCUGCAGUGUGGGUUUCCCGACAGUAUACAGAACUACGGCGACGACGUUUCCGAAACGUUAGACACGCCAAGGUUACCAGAUAAUUUCGAAGAGCUCAAUGAGAGCAACCGAUCUGAGCAGCUUGAAAUCCUUCGACGACGUCAUGUUCAUUACCUUUACGCCAUGUAUACUCCAACGUUGAACCCACUUCAUGGCCUGGCCUUAUCUCAAGAUUUAAGCGUUCUAAAGCGCAAACUCUUCUGCCACGCAAGUGAACCGUGGAAAGGAGACAAUGUGUCGUUAAAAGCGGAUUUGAUUCAUUUGGCGCAGAAUUGGGGCAAACUAUCAAGCUCGUCGUCGAGCACCAAUGCGAGUGUUUGCCCAAUAUCAUAUCCCAACGAUGAAGCGAGCGAGUGCUUGGACCUUAAUGCCGAGCAAAUUGAAUCCGAUGAACAGCUACAAAUAUGCAGAAACUACAUUGGCGUUGGGCCAGAUGGGUGGUUACCCUCGGAUCAAUAUGAGUUUUCCAAGCAACGUGAGAGAAAAUUGAAGGAUAUUGCGCUCGAGGGAGCUGAAUCUGACGAGGAUCGAGCUAAGGUCGUCGAAAAUUGGAUUUUCAAUGAUUUCGAUGAGGAUCUAUAUACAUAGCCUCUUAUACAUCAAGAUAGCGACUUUACUCACAUCACCACUUUCAAUUAUUAGUGUGUUGUACCGUCGCUCUAAAUGCAGGGCUGUUUAGGACACUCCACCUUUGCUGUGAGUAUCAAGAUAGGUCAUCGGAUAAGGCUGUUCGACAGAGAGUCCAAGGUCGGCUGCUAGAGUAUUGGUUCAGGAUUAUCAAGUUCUACUAUAAGCUUGACAAUAUUAGAAGCCUCUCACGACAGAUGUUGGUCCCUAGUUCC